AUGCCUCGUCGCGAUCAUGACCGUUCUUCUGCAAGCCGGCGCAAGGGUGUAACACCCAAGCGUCGGCCUCCAGCCCCAACCGCGCCUGCUUCAGCAUCAAAGGCAAGGGCAUCACGGCUGAGCGGACCAUCAGGUGAGGAGGAUGGGGAGGAGGGGAAAUGUGGGUUGGACUCAUGCCUUCUCAAUCCUGACACUGAAGCAAACUGUUUUUGUUUAGCUAUGUGACCACUAGUUGAAAGUGUUGCAAUGAAUACAUAUUAUAUUAUAAGGUUCUCAUUGUUUUAAAGAUGAUUUGGAUCUCUCUAGCCCCUGCAGGUCCAACUCCCUCCCCGCGAAAGAAGAGGUUUCGCCCUGGCACCCGAGUUCUGAUGGAAAUUCGCAAGUACCAGAAGAGCACUGACUUGCUUUUGCGCAAGGGACCGUUUGCACGCCUGGUACAAUGAUUAGCACAUGGCUCCUGUGGACCGAUUUAAAACUACCAUUUUGUCUAUAGUCACCUUACGUUCUUAGAUGGAUGCUGCCAGUCUCUGACAAUACAUUACUUGUUGUUGAUGAUGCAUAGUUAGCCCUGUGAACUCUGCUGUGUAUGUGGGUAAACCAGUCUUUCCAGGAUUUUGCAAUCGCAAUUAUUUUAGCAAAAUCAACAAUUCCUUGCAUAUUAUGCGAGAGCUUGCAUAUUUGACCAAUCACAGCACUAUUACUGCAUACAAUAGUAAAAUCAUCUCAAUAUUAUCACAUACAACUGACCAAUCACCACACUUCAAAAAGGGGGCUUGCUAUUUCGACCAAUGAAGCCACACGUCAGCAAACUUUUUCCCUUGUCAGCGCAUUUUGGACAAAAUCAUUGCAUAUUGCCAUGCAAAAUGUCAGAAUUGCCGCAGCAAAAUCUAGUAUUUUUGCCCGCAAAUAUAUUUUAAAAAUGCUGCAAAAUCCUGAAGGGACUGGUAAAUUGGUGGUGUCUUAGUUUGGAAUAAAUACAAGAAAGAUGAACUAAAAUGAUUGUUUUUAAACUUCAAGUUGCUACCCCAAGUUAAUAUUUCCUAUUAGUGAUUUAUUUAUCUUCAGCGAAUUUCAAGGUUGUUUACUCAGGUUCUCUACUCAGGUUCGGGAGGUAUGUCAGACAUAUAGCAGGGACUUCAUGAGAUGGCAGGUGUAUGCUCUUCUGGCAUUGCAGGAGGUAGGUUACUUCCCACUCCUGUGCUUAUUUGAAGAACUGUUAUAUCAAUACUCUAAACCCUUCCCUUACAGUUUAUAAUAACAUCAUAGUACACUUAUUUUGAACGUUUUUAUUUACAUAUCAGCCAAAAAAAAAAAAUCCCCUCUGUUUUUGUAUCCCUGUUAACUGUUGUGAAUAUGAACAUUUGCUGGUCAUCAUUGUUUGACACCAUUAUUUCUCUUCCAGGCUGCAGAGGCUUUCCUCAUUUUACUGUUUUCCGACGCCUACCUUUGUACCGUCCACGCCAAGCGUGUAACGCUAUUCCCCCGUGACAUUCAGCUUGCCCGGCGAAUUCGAGGAGUGGAUAAUCUCUGA